AUGGAGUCCUCAUUGAUCCGGUUAUAUCCACCGUCUCCAUCAUCCCGGCCUGCCCUGGGUUUCCUCCUGGAGGCCGCUCCGGGGCCCCGCCCCAACCUCCGGAGCUGUCCCGGGGCCCCAGAGCCGACCUGCCCCAGCCUCAGGGUCUCUCCACCCCGGUUCGGUGCGAUCCUCCCCAGCUUGACGCCCAGCCCCUGUCAGUCUCCCAUGGCCUCAUGGAGCCGAGAGGCGGUGCUGAGUCUCUACCGGGCUCUGCUUCGCCAAGGCCGACAGCUUCGCUACACUGAUCGAGACUUCUACCUUGCCUCCAUCCGCCGUGAGUUCCGGAAAAAUCAGAAACUGGAGGAUCCUGAGGCCCGGGAGAAGCAGCUGGAAAAGGGCCUGGUCUUCCUCCACAGCAAGCUAGGAGGGAUCAUUUAG